AUGACUCCAUUUUUGCUCUUUCUGGUGGCUUUAGUAGCUUCAGCUGUCUCUGCUGAUGAAGACCCGUUCAUCGGUGUAAACAUCGGGACUGACAUGUCGGACGCUCCCCACCCGACCCAGGUGGCGGCCCUCCUCAAAUCCCAAAACAUCCGCCACGUCCGCCUCUACAACGCUGACCGAGGCAUGCUCGCCGCCCUCGCCGGCACCGGUAUUCGCGUGGCCAUCUCCGUCCCCAACGACGAGCUCCUUGGCAUCGCCCAGUCGAACUCCACCGCUGCCAACUGGGUCUCCCGCAACGUCGCCUCCCACUACCCCGCCACCAACAUCACCGCCGUCUGCGUCGGCUCCGAAGUCCCCACCGCCCUUCCCAACCUCGGCCCCAUCCUCGUCACUGCCCUCUCCCACAUCCACUCCGCCCUCGUCGCCUCCAAUCUCGACCGCUACGUAAAAGUCUCCACCCCACUCCCUUCCUCCCUCAUCCUCGACUCAUUCCCUCCCUCCCAAGCCUUCUUCAACCGCACGUGGGCCCCGGUUUUAGUCCCCCUCUUGAAAUUCCUCCAAAUGACGGAUUCGCCCCUCAUGCUCAACAUCUACCCGUAUUACGACUACGUCGGCUCCAACGGUGUCAUCCCGCUCGACUACGCCCUCUUCCGACCGCUCGCCCCGAACAAGGAGGCGGUUGAUGCCAACACUUUGCUACACUACACCAACGUGUUCGAUGCGGUGAUCGACGCGGCCUACUUCGCUAUGGCCGACCUCAACUUCACGAGCGUGCCCGUUAUGGUGACCGAGACGGGCUGGCCUUCGCAAGGCGGGCUUGACGAGCGCGACGCUAACAUGGAGAACGCUAACACGUACAACAGUAAUCUCAUACGACACGUGGUCAACCGAACGGGGACGCCCAAGCGCCCCGGAAUGGCUGUUAGUACUUAUAUUUACGAGCUCUAUAACGAGGAUCUGAAGCCCGGCCCGGAGUCGGAGAAGAACUGGGGGCUUUUCGAUGCAGAUGGGAGGCCGGUUUACGUGCUGCACGUGACGGGGUCGGGCUCGGUUCUUGCAAACGACACGACGAACCAGACGUACUGCGCUGCUAAGUCAGGGGCUGAUGAGAAGAUGCUGCAGGCAGCGCUCGACUGGGCUUGUGGGCCUGGGAAGGUAGACUGCUCGGAGCUGAUGCAGGGGCAGUCGUGCUACGAGCCUGACACAGUGGAGGCGCACGCGAAUUACGCUUUCGAUGCGUAUUAUCACCAGAUGGGGAAGGUGCCCGGAAGUUGUGAUUUUAAUGGGGUGGCUACCAUAACCACAACCAACCCAAGUCAUGGUCGAUGCGUAUACCCUGGAAGGGCUUUUCUCUCCUUCAAUUUUCUCUCAAUCUCUCAGGCAAACGCUCGUAAUCUACCAAAUUCUGAUGGCCCCACGAAGAUCGGCGAGGAAAUCGGCUUCAAUUGUUUCGUCAUCGCCAGAUUCCUCUUAGCCGCCGGUCGAGAAGUCCAACUGAGUUCCUUCAUCAUCGGCCGCAGCGACUCAUCUUCCGCUGCCGCCUGGUCAAUUUUCGCAGCGACUGUCUUUCAACGGUGA